AUGUCUCAAGAAGACGCCACCAAAACUGCCGUUGACGGCGUCGCCAACUUGCAUCUCGACGAUGUCACCGGUGAAAUGGUUUCGAAAUCUGAAUUGAAGAAACGUAUCAAGCAAAGACAAGUUGAAGCUAAGAAAGCCGCUAAGAAGGCAUCUGGUCAACCACAACCAGAGCCAAAGAAAAAGAAAUCUGAUCUAAUGGCCGAUUUGUCUCCAGCACAGUACUUCGAAGCUAGAAGCCGUCAAAUUAAGGAACUGAAAAAGACCCACUCACCAAAUCCUUAUCCACACAAAUUUCACGUCUCGAUCAGCAAUCCACAAUUCUUGGAAAAAUAUGCUUAUUUGGAGAGAGGGCAAACUCUGCCAGACGAAAAGGUUGCUAUUGCCGGUAGAAUUCAUGCAAAGAGAGAGUCCGGUUCCAAACUGAAGUUUUAUGUCUUGCAUGGCGACGGUGUCGAAGUUCAGCUGAUGUCUCAAUUGCAAGAUUACCAUGAUGAGAAGGCUUAUGAGGCCGACCACGAUUUGUUGAAGAGAGGAGAUAUCGUGGGUGUUGAGGGUUACGUGGGUAGAACUCAACCAAAAAAAGGUGGUGAAGGUGAAAUCUCUGUGUUUGUCAGCCGUAUUCAGCUGUUGACUCCUUGCUUGCACAUGUUACCAGCCGACCACUUUGGUUUCAAAGACCAAGAAACAAGAUACAGAAAGCGUUAUUUGGAUUUGAUCAUGAAUAAAGAUUCUCGUAAGCGUUUCAUCACUCGUUCCAAGAUCAUCACCUAUAUCAGAAAGUUCUUGGACUCGAGAGACUUUAUCGAAGUUGAAACGCCGAUGAUGAACGUCAUCGCUGGUGGUGCCACUGCUAAACCAUUUGUCACACAUCACAAUGAUUUGAACAUGGAUAUGUUCAUGAGAAUUGCACCAGAGUUGUUCUUGAAGGAAUUGGUCGUUGGUGGUAUGGACCGUGUCUACGAAAUCGGUAGACAAUUCAGAAAUGAAGGUAUCGAUAUGACUCACAACCCUGAAUUCACCACCUGUGAGUUCUAUCAAGCAUUUGCCGAUGUUUAUGACCUAAUGGACAUGACUGAGGUUAUGUUCUCCGAAAUGGUCAAGGAAAUCACCGGCUCUUACGUGAUCAAGUACCACCCAGAUCCAAACAACCCAGAGAAGGAGUUAGAGUUGAACUUUUCCAGACCUUGGAAGAGAAUCAAUAUGAUCGAAGAACUUGAGAAAAGAUUCAAUGUCACUUUCCCUUCGGGUGAUCAACUGCACACUGCGGAAACUGGUAAAUUCUUAAAGAAGAUUUUGGAUGACAAUAACAUGGAGUGCCCACCACCAUUGACUAACGCACGUAUGCUGGACAAGUUAGUCGGUGAAUUGGAGGAUACAUGUAUCAACCCUACUUUCAUAUUCGGUCAUCCACAAAUGAUGUCACCACUGGCUAAAUACUCCAGAGACAAACCGGGUCUAUGUGAACGUUUCGAAGUGUUCGUUGCUACCAAAGAAAUCUGUAACGCUUACACAGAAUUGAACGAUCCAUUCGACCAAAGAGACCGUUUCGAAGAGCAAGCCAGACAAAAGGACCAGGGUGACGAUGAAGUUCAAUUGAUCGAUGAAGUUUUCUGUAACUCACUUGAGUAUGGUUUGCCACCAACUGGUGGUUGGGGUUGCGGUAUCGACAGACUAGCAAUGUUCCUAACUGACUCCAACACUAUCAGAGAAGUCUUGCUGUUCCCAACAUUGAAACCUGACGUCUUGAGAGAUGAAGUCAAGAAAGAAGAAUCUCAAGCGAAGGCCGCCUAG